AUGCAGGCACCGGAAAUGAAUAUCCCGGUCUUCUUUUUGCCUGUCCUAUUUACUCUGAUUUUACAGAGUGUCCCGGUUCAGGCACAGGACAUCCAUCAAUCUAAAUCGGCUGCACCCCCAACAGUGAACAAACCAUUGCUAGCAAUUCAAGUUGGAAGCAUUGUGGGUGCAUAUGUUAUCUUCGUCGCUAUCCUCCUAGCUCUACUUAUCUUCGUUGGACGUCGCCUGCGUCGGACAGUUCAGUCGUCCAACUAUACACUGCAUAUGGAAAUUCUGAAGCCUGCCAGACCUACCGUCAGCAUGGAUCCUAGCCCAGUCUCUCCAAUGUCACACAACCUCCCCAGUCCAAAGUCAGGUGGAUUCAAGUCCUGGGGAUCACUAAACAGGGGUACCAGGCCCUCCCAACCAUCCAUGAACGGCAGUAUGGUGACCAUCGACGAGUCCAUUGUCGCGACCGACCGACAACGAGCCCAGAAUGAUAUGGAGAUGUUGUAUGCGGCGGUCAUGGAACAUGAUGCCCAAAAGGCUUCCGGAGUCGAUCUGUCCGUCCGCGAACAAGACCUCCAAGCACAAUCACCCGACAGCCAACUCACAAAUCCAUUCACUGACCGUGGCUCCCACGUGUCGGAUAAUUCAUUGGCACCACUAGCUCCAUUGAAGUCACCGACCAAGGGAUUCAACAGCUCCCGCCUAUCCAAGCUCUUCAACACAGGCUCCCGCGCCAAUCCAGAACCAAGCAAAGUGCGCUCGCCACGUCUGGAUAUUCGCAAGAUGCCCAUCUCCUCCCCACUAGCCUCACCAGCAGUGGUCACGCCUCGAGCCUAUAUACCCGAAGACCCGCCUCUUUCCCCACGGAUUUAUAACCCCGGUCCUCCCCCAGUCGUGCCAGGGCGGCGGACAAGCGAGUCACUCAGGCCCCCUCCUGGGCGCGCCCGUGCACCGGCGCCUCUUAGCCUGUCUACGCCCUCUCCUUCUUUAUCCGUCCCAUCCAACCUACCAUUCCGUGAGGCCUACCCGCCACAAAGUGCCCCGGCUACCAAGACUACUAUAUUGGAACGACCGGUGAAGAACCGGAUGGGUCCUGUCACGGGCAUGGCUACGCCGUACAGUCCAUACAUGCCAUUUACUCCCGUGACGCCCUUUACCCCCGGGCGCACAGUGACAAAGCGACAGCGGAAACGGGAGGAGCGUGGAAAUGGAUUGCAAGUAUUGAACGAAGAUGAUUUGGUCAAGGAUGAUGAUGAUAUCUGGGGAUAA